UCUUCUCUCUCUCUCUGUGCUUCUACUGUAUCGGUCGAGUUCGGUUUUUGCUUGCCUUCUCUUUCAUAGGGUUUGUGGUUGUGUGAUAGUGGCGUCUGAUGGCGUCGUCGGAUCAGGGACCUAAGACAGAGGCGGGAGGAGGAGGGGAGAGCUCGGAGACUGUUGCGGCGGCGAGUGAUGAGAUGUUACUGUACAGAGGUUUUAAGAAGGCGAAGAAGGAGAGAGGCUGCACUGCUAAGGAACGUAUCAGUAAAAUGCCGCCCUGUACAGCUGGCAAAAGGAGCUCCAUUUACCGUGGAGUCACCAGGCAUAGAUGGACAGGUCGUUAUGAAGCUCACCUUUGGGAUAAGACUACUUGGAACCAAAACCAGAACAAGAAGGGCAAACAAGUUUAUCUAGGAGCAUAUGAUGAUGAAGAGGCUGCUGCUAGAGCUUACGACCUUGCUGCCUUGAAAUAUUGGGGGCCUGGUACACUUAUCAAUUUUCCGGUGACGGAUUACAGCAGGGAUUUAGAAGAAAUGCAAAACCUCUCAAGGGAAGAGUACCUUGCAUCUCUGCGCAGAUAUCCCUUUGGCAGAAAAAGCAGCGGUUUUUCAAGAGGAAUAGCUAAAUAUCGUGGACUUCAAAGCCGAUGGGAUGCAUCAGCCAGUCGUAUGCCUGGACCUGAAUACUUCAGCAACAUGCAUUAUGGAGCAGGUGAUGAGCGAGGAACAGAAGGUGACUUUCUAGGCAACUUCUGUCUGGAAAGAAAGAUCGAUCUAACGGGAUACAUAAAGUGGUGGGGUGUCAACAAACCCCGUCAGCCAGAAUCUUCAUCAUCAAAAGCAUCAGAGGAUGCAAAGGUAGAAGACGCCGGCACUGAGCUCAAGACACUCGAACACACAUCCCAUGCAACAGAGCCAUACAAAGCGCCAAACCUUGGCGUCCUUCAGAGAAAAGAAAAACAAAUAUCAUCUUCUGCGUUAAGCAUCUUGUCUGCCUCACCUGCUUACAAGAGCCUUGAGGAGAAAGUGCUGAAGAUCCAAGAAAGCAGCAGCAGCGCUAGAGAAAACGACGAGAAUGCUAAUCGUAACAUCAUCAAUAUGGAGAAGAGUCAUGGCAAGGAGAUAGAGAAACCGGUCGUGAGUCUUGGUAGUGGUGGUGUUGUUCCUUCUGGUGCUUUGUCUCUUCAGAAAAGCAUGUACCCACUUACCUCUCUCUUAACUUCUCCGUUGCUCACCAACUACAAUACUUUGGAUCCUCUCGGAGACCCUAUUCUCUGGACACCGUUUCUUCCCCCAGGGUCCUCUCAUACUUCAGAGGUGACAAAGACAGAGACAAGCUGCUCCACAUACAGCUACCUCCCUCAAGAGAAGUGAGCCGUUCCCUUUAUAGUCUUUUUGUUUGUCUGAUUCUCCCUUGUCGUGAGAUGAAUUUGUCGACGUGACAUCUCUUAUGGGAGUAGUGUGGCUAAUAGUCUGAAGCAUGAGUGUACAGGUUUUGUGUGUGUGUUUCUAGUGUGGAAUAUAGAAUCAUUAUAUUUUAUUUUAAAACAAGAAAAAGUUAUCAAUA